GUGUCAUUGAAUUUGGUUUAGCAUUAUGUCAUUGUGUAACAUUGUGACAUUAUAUAUUGUCAUAUGUGACAUUACAUGGUGCCAUGUUUGACAUUACUAUGUCUUUUUUUGACACUGUAUUGACUGUUAAUGUGGCACUGUGGCGACGAUAGUGCAGAUUGUGAUGGUAGUAUUGUUGAUAAUGGUAUAGAGCGGUGAUGUCGUCGGUGGUGUCGUCGGUAGGUUUCGUUUGUAGCAGUGCGGCGGAGCAGAGGACGACAGUGGUGGAGAUUCAAGUGAUAGUGGCAGUACAAGAUUCCUUCGGCGGAAUCUCAUCUCUUCCGCCUGCCUGCCAAGCAAACAAAAUCAACAACUCAAAAAGGGCCGCCGUUUCAUUUCAUUUCCCCAAUUCCCGGGAGCCUCCCCCCGCCGCCGCCACGGCCGCGGAGUCGUAUUUCCCGGCGAAUCACAUGACCCGGCCCGUCUUCUCCAACUCGGACCCCGACAGCGACGACCCGACCCGAAAGGCUCCGGCGAGCACAGGCAUGAGACUGGUUGUGCCCUUACAAGGGGUGGUUCAAGGGAGAGGGGGCUUAAUCCUCGGCUCUCUAAUCCCAUGUGCUCUCUUCUACUUCCUCCAGUUCUACAUUAAACGACACCGUUCCUCCCCGGCUUCAUCUUCUUCGAAUCCUCCGUCGCCGUCCGACUCAUCGACGGACCUCGUUGAACUCCCACGCUCAUCUUCCCGGCUGAACUUGUCUGGUCGCGGGUCAAUCGGGCGGACCCGCCUCUCCGCCCGAGGUAGCUCUAUUUCGAAGCCCAACGAUUCUGCCUACUAUAUUGGAUUAGAUAGGUUUCUGGAGGAUCCAUAUGACGAAAUCAAGAACCCGGACGGGAUUAUAAACCUCGGGUUGACUGAAAACAGGUUGUCGCUGGAUUUGAUAGAGAAGUGGCUUUCAAACAACUUCCGGGAUUCUGCACUUGGGAAACUUGGUUUGAAUAUUAGCGGAAUUUCUGCCUACCAGCAGUUUGAUGGAUUGUUCGAGCUGAAAGUGGCCAUGGCAGGUUACAUGUCAGAGGUAAUGGGAAGAGAAGUUUCAUACAAUCCAUUGCAAAUGGUAUUAACUUCUGGGGCAACUCCUGCCAUUGAGAUGCUUUUCUUUUGCUUAGCUGAUCAGGGGGAUGCUUUCCUCAUUCCAACACCCUAUUACCCUGGGUUUGACAGGGAUAUUAGAUAUAGAACUGGUGUGGAGUUAAUUCCAGUACACUGUCGAAGCUCUGAUGACUUUGUGCUGAGCAUGACAGCUCUGGAACAGGCAUUUAAUAAUGCCAGAAAGCGUGGCCAAAAAGUCCGAGGAAUUCUCAUUUCAAACCCUUCCAACCCCGUUGGCAACCUCAUGACUAGAGAAUUGCUAUACGAUCUCUUAGAUUUUGCCAGGGAGAAAAACAUCCAUAUAAUCUCAGAUGAAAUAUUUUCUGGCUCUAAUCAUGGCAACAAAGAGUUUGUAAGCAUGGCAGAAAUGAUAGAGUCAGAAGAUUUUGACAGGGACAGGGUUCAUAUCAUAUAUGGAUUAUCCAAAGACCUCAGUCUUCCUGGUUUUAGGGUUGGGGUAAUAUAUUCCUUCAACGAGAAUGUUCUAGCUGCUUCUAGAAGGUUAGCCAGGUUUUCAUCAGUUUCAGUCCCAACACAGAGGUUGUUAGUUUCAAUGCUUACAGACACUGGAUUCAUUCGGGAUUACCAAAAGGAAAACACGCAGAGAUUGCGAAGAAUGUAUGAAUUAUUUACUGCUGGGUUAAAUGAAGUGGGGGUUGAAUGCUCGAGGAGUGAUGCGGGUUUUUGUUGUUGGGUGAACAUGAGUAGGUUAAUCAACCCUUACAAUGAAAAGGGGGAGAUGGAGUUAUGGCAAAAACUGUUAAAUGUGGCUAAGAUAAAUGUGACUCCCGGGUCUGCCUGCCAUUGUAUUGAACAUGGAUGGUUCAGGUUUUGCUUCACAACAUUACGCGAGAAGGAUAUCCCUUUAGUUGCAGAAAGGAUAAGGAGAGUAGUUGAAAGCUGUAGACCUCCUGCUUGAAAUAUUUUAGGGUUUUAUGUGAAAAUCAUAUUUUGCAUGCAUGUUUUUAUGUUAUAUCAUUUCUUCUUGUAUUUAUAAUGUAGACAGAAUGGGCAUUCUUAUAAUUUGUCAAAAGCUUGAUAGUUUCCUUUGCGCAAUAGAAUCUGGAGUGUGUU